AUGUCGUUCAAAAAGGACGAAGAGGGAGGCACCUCCUUCUAUCAGGACAAGGUGAGAUCGCAUUCGAUCAAACACUCUCUGGAACGGCCAGGCGUUGCGUGUACAGCUCACACCGCUUCAUCCUUUCCUCCCCCUCUCCAUCGUAGACAUCGGUGAUCCAAGAAGCCAGGGUGUUCAACGAGACGCCCAUUUCUCCUCGAAAAUGUCGCAUCGUCCUCACAAAGAUCGUCUAUCUGCUAUACACUGGAGAGACGUUCAGCAGGCAGGAAGCCACCACGCUGUUCUUUGGUGCCACGAAGCUCUUCCAACACAAGGAUGUGAGUUCCUCACGGCCGCACGCACCGCACGCAUCGCACGCACUGUCUGCUGCUACGUUGCAUCCAUCUGACGAUAUCGCCUGCUCUCUCCCUCUCUCUCCCUCUCUCUCCCUCUCUCUAUACUCCAACCGCCGAACAGCCCGCUCUGAGGCAGAUGGUGUAUCUCGCCAUCAAGGAGCUCUGUCCGCACGCGGAUGAUACCAUCAUGGUCACGGCAUCCAUCAUGAAGGACAUGCAGCCAAACGUAGAGGUCAUCUACCGACCCAACGCCAUUCGCGCGCUCUCUAGGGUCGUAGACGUGAGUCGUAGCUCAUCAGGCUACAGCAUCCGCAUAGCUUGUACCGACUAUCAUUGCUGAUGUCGUCUACCGGUCUGGUCGCAUUUGACAGCCAUCCAUGGUGCAGGGCCUGGAGAGGUUCUUCAAGUCUGCCAUCGUCGAUCGCAACACCUCCAUCGCAUCUGCAGCUCUGGUCUCUGCCUACCAGCUGCACGUCGCAGCGCGCGAAGUGGUGCGCAGGUGGGGCAAUGAAGCUCAAGAUGCCAUCACCAUCAAGCCAGCAGCUGCAAUCGGAGGCGGCGGCGGCGGCGGCGGUGGUGGUUUCGGCGGAGCUGGCAGCUACCUGGGUUGGGGUGCCUCUUCCCAACCCACUCCUGCUCAGAGCGCCUACCAGCCCAUCCCCAGCAGCAGCAACAUCACACAGUACCACGCCGUUGGUCUGCUCUACCUCAUCCGUCAAGGCGACCGCAUGGCGGUCACCAAGCUCAUUCAGCAGCUUUCCGGCGCAAGCGGCGGUCGCGGAGGAUCCGUCAGCCCUCUUAGAAGCCCCUUUGCCAUCUGCAUGCUUGUUCGAUAUGCAGCCAAGGUCGCGGAAGAUGAUCCCAACUUGCGCGCUCCAAUGGUCGAGCUGCUCGAUGGCUGGCUGCGUCACAAGUCAGACAUGGUCAACUAUGAAGCAGCUCGCGCCAUCUGCGAAAUGCGUGGUCUGACCUCCGUCGAGCUCAGCCGGUCCAUCGCCGUCCUUCAACUCUUCUUGUCUAGCCCCAAGUCCACCCUGAAAUUCGCCGCCAUCAGGACUCUGGCCAAGCUGGCUCAAACACAGCCAGCGGCUGUGCAGCAGUGCAAUGUGGACAUGGAGAAUCUGAUCACAGAUCCCAACCGCAGCGUAGCUACCUACGCCAUUACCACGCUACUCAAGACCGGCAACGAGGCCAGCGUAGACAGACUCAUGAAGCAGAUCAGCAGCUUUAUGGCCGAGAUCACCGACGAAUUUAAAGUGAUCGUCGUCGACGCGAUCCGCAGUCUGUGCUUGAAGUUCCCGGCCAAGCAGACGACGAUGCUGGCAUUCCUCUCUGGCGUGCUGCGCGACGAAGGCGGGUACGAGUUCAAGAGAGCCGUGGUGGAGGCCAUCUUUGAUAUGAUCCAAUUCAUCGGAGACUGCAAAGAGUCCGCUUUGGCGCACCUCUGCGAAUUCAUCGAGGACUGCGAAUUCACCAAGCUUUCGGUCAGGAUCUUGCACUUGCUCGGCAUUGAAGGCCCAAGAAUGCCUCAACCACAAAGGUACAUUCGCUACAUUUACAAUCGCGUCAUCCUAGAAAACGCCAUUGUCAGAGCUGCUGCUGUCAACGCUCUGGCCAAAUUUGGACUCAAGGGAGCAGAAAAGGCUUUGGUUGAUCGGAUCACUGUGCUGCUCAAGCGCUGCUUGGACGACGUCGAUGACGAGGUGCGCGACCGCGCAGCCAUGAAUCUUCGCGUUCUGCGUCAGGAACACUUGGCCGAGAGAUUGGUCAAGGACAAUAGCAUGUUCCGCCUGGAAGCGCUCGAAGAAUCGCUUAGCAACUAUGUCAGAGAUCCAUCUGCCUCUGGAUCCAAGAGAUUCGAUGCUUCCAGCAUUCCAAGAAUCACGAGGGAGGAAACGAGACAAGAAGCGCUGCGAGCCAAGAACGAAGCUGCUAGCAAGGUGGCAAUGGCUGCUGAUGGUCCCAGCACGAGCAAAGCUGGCGCAGCGGCUGCAGCGCUCGCUGCUUCCACCGCAGCGUCCGGACCAGCAGCUGGUGCGACUGGUGCGGAAGCCACAUCCAUCUACGCUCGCGAGCUGGCCGACGUUGCCGAGUUCAAGUCGUACGGCAAGCUGCUCAAGUCUUCCGCCAAAGCUGUGGAGCUGACGGAACGAGAGACGGAGUACGUCGUCAAUGCCGUCAAGCACGUGUUUGAAGAUCACAUUGUGCUGCAGUAUAAUGUGACGAACACGUUGCCAGACACGCUGCUGGACAAUGUCGCGGUGGUUGUGACAGGGAACAACGAGAUUGGGCUGAAGGAGGACUUUAUCUUGCCGGCUGCUCGUUUGGACGCUUCCAAUCCGACUGGGCGGGUGUACGUCUCCUUUACGCGACUCCCGUCUGAAGAAGCAGAGCAAGAAGGUGACAAUUAUGCGCAGGGAACAUUGUCGAAUACGCUCAAGUUUCAAUCUAGAGAAGUGGACCCCAGUACGGGGGAAGCGGAAGAGGAAGGCUACGACGAUGAGUACCAGACCGAGGAUUUGGAGCUGGGAGUGGCGGAUUACGUGUCGGAGAGGUAUGCGGACUUUGCAAAGGAGUGGGAAGAGCUGGGAAAGGGUGGCACGAGCGCUACAGAGACUUUUGCCCUGACCGCGUUAGAUGGGCUUCAAAGUGAGUUUGGAAAUGUGUAGCCUGCGCGCUCGGAGCGGCUCCGACGCUGUCUGCGAAUUCACUGACCUGACGGGGGGGCCUUGAUGAUUUCCUUUGAUGAUGUCUAGAUGCGUGCACGACGCUGAUAGAGCUGUUGGGUAUGCAACCACUCGGAGGAAGCGAGACGCCCACAUCGACCUCUGUGCACACGCUCAACCUGAGCGGAUACGUCGUCAGCUCCAAAGGACCGCUCAAUACGCUCGUGAGAGCGAGGAUGAGCUUCAAGAGUGGAGAAGGCGUCAUUCUGGAAUUGGCUAUACGCGCUCAGGAUCAGAGCGCCGUCAAUUUGGUCCUGGGUGCUAUUGCUUGA